GGAUCUACUGAGAUGAGGCUACAAUGAUUGCUAGGCAAAUCCCACUAAUAUUGAAGUCGCCAAUCAACAGCCCGGUCAGUAUGGCGUACUUGUGGUCCCUAAGUGAUGAUAAGAAGCGGCUUGCCUGUCUUUACAAAAGGUUUUACCGUUUGAGAAACCUCAUUGACCAUGAUAGACGCAACGUUAGUCGAUACAAAGAAUUGAUACGAUGGAAGUUUGCCAAAGAAAACUACAAUACCAGACGUUCUGUCAUCCUUGGAAAACCUGAAGAACCAAUUUCUGAGAUUUUUACUAGAAUCUUUAACACAUUGACAUUUGUGCAUAAUUCAACUGUUAUAUUGCCAGAGAACAUGAUAGAUAAGAAGGCAUAUUUCUACAAAGAUACGCGCCAAAACCAUCGAAUAGAGAAGCAAAUUAUACUCACUAUUUGUCGGAUGCAGUAUGUGACCCCAAAUGAGUUGAAAUACAGGUCUGAUUUUAGUUGGUUUCCCGAAGUACGAAAGGAGAUCGAAGACUUUCCUGAGAAUGCUACCAAAAGGCAAAUGGCAAAACUGACAUCUAAUCCGUCGUAUAUAGGAUUCGCCGAUUAUCAGAAGAACUUGAUGCUUUUGAACGAAAUGUAUAAGUUAUGUUUAUAGAAUUGGCCUAGAAUAAAUGGUUCAAUUAUACAAAUGUGC